UGGCGAUCUGUCACGAUAUAAAAACCAUAUUUUACCCGGGAUUCUCAACAAGGCAGGUUGAGGGGCUCCAGGGUACUUGUGUGAUGCAGAGGAAAGUGGCUUUUCACUUUCCUCAUGUCUUUGUAAAGUCCAUUUUGGGACCUGGAGUCUGGAGAUUUUGGAAAGUGAAAAAAGUGAUUUGGGAAGGAUGAAAUCUCCAAUCCUGGGACCAGGUUUUGGGAAUGGCCAGGAGACUGAUUGGUCAGGUGUGCAUGGCUCUCUUCUAGAGUCAGGACCAGGGUUCUGGGCUCCACCCCAGCAGACAGGAGGUCACUGCCUUGGAGUCAGGAGGGCUUCACCUAGGAGAGGUGGAAGCCAGAGUAGCUGUGUGCGAAACAGCCUAGCUGUGUGCUAGUGGCCAUAAUUUGGGAA